AUGAUUACUUGGACCUUGUUUCAAGAGAGAUUUUUAGAAAAGUACUUUCCGGAAGAUGUUCGAGAGAAUAAAGAGAUGGAAUUCUUGACACUGACGCAAGGAUCUAUGAAUGUAGGAGAGUAUGCAGCAAAAUUUGAAGAACUUUCACGGUAUCACCCCCACUACCACAAUGCCAUCAACGAGAGGCCUAGGUGUGUGAAAUUUGUCAAUGGACUUCGCCCUGAAAUUAAGGAAGCCAUAAGAAUGCAAGAGAUUCAGAAGUUUUCUACAUUAGUGAACAGAUGCAGGAUUUUUGAAGAAGAUCAUAAAGCAAGGAUUGCCAAGUUCAGAGAACACCGUUCUGAGUCUUCAGGGACAAAGAACUAUGGGUCUCAACGCAAUCAAAUGAGAGGGUUUGGAAGAGGACAGCCAUAUCAGAGGCAACAACAUCAAAGGGGACCCACAAUUGAGAUUCCUCAGAACCGUGGUAAUAGUGGAAACUAUAUGUCGGCUCUACCUAGAGGAAGAUGUUUUGCUUGUGGAGGAGAAUACUACAGGAAAGAUUGCCCAGUAAAACCAUUAAUAUGCUUUAGUUGUAAGAAACCUAGGCAUAUGUCCCGUGACUGCCCGAUGGUGAAGAAGGAAGGAGAUGGAGGCAAUAGAAAUUAUAACAACCAAAAUCCUAGUGGAGGGGUAGCUAGCAAGCCAAAGGCUCAUGGUAAAGUUUUUGCAAUGAGCGGAAAAGAAGCAUCUCACUCUGACAUAGUGAUUGGAGGUACGUGUAUUAUCCGAGACACCCUUUUAUCUGUGGUGUUUGAUUCAAGUGCAUCACAUUCAUUUAUUUCUACUAGUUGUGUGGAACAAUUAAGAUUACCUACCAUAGCAUUGCCAUUUGAUUUGUCUGUUCAUACCCCAAGUAAUGACCCUGUUAUCACUGCCAAAGCAUGCUGGGAUUGUCCUAUUAGUAUAGAUGGUAGAAACUUUGUAGUGAAUCUCUUCUGUCUUCCUUUAAAAGGAUUGGAGGUUAUUUUGGGAUUGGACUGGUUAUCUGACAACCAUGUCAUCAUAGACUGUUGCAGGAAGACUAUUGUGUUUAGAGAUUUUGAACAUGACAAUUCUGAGCAGUUAAGGAUUCAAAGUGCCAACUACGAAGAUGUUACCUUAAAGGAAGAAGUUCGGGGAUUAGUAAUGUGCUUACUGGUAGAAGAAAAGGAAGAAAAGUUAGAUGAUUUACCAGUAGUGAGAAAAUUUCCUGAUGUUUUUCCUGAUGAUAUUUCAGGAUUACUCCCAGAAUGA